AUGGCGACGAACGAAGCAGCAACAACGACGGCUCCUCCAAACCCCGCGAACAUCAUCACCGCCCUGACUAGUGCUUUUAAAAGCCAAAAUGGCGAGGCAGCAUCGAACACGCGCAUAGCCCAGCUCCUCGAGCAGAACAUGGGCCAGCUUGGCGAGCUCAUGCGGCAGGGCAAGCUUACUGCCGUACAGAUCCAGCAGGUCCGUCUGCUUUUAAACCAAGUGAGAUUUGUUUUAUCUCACUUGGGCCUGAAAGAUUACGCUGAAAAACACAAGUCCACAACUAGUGCUGCUUCGGGAAGCGGAGCUGGCGCUUCGACCGCGAAUGGCGGUACAAAGACUGGGACUCCUGCAACGACUGCUACCGCUUUUAAAAGCGGGUCACCAGCACCUCUUCUUACAUCUACACCUGGUGACGGGUAUCCUAUCAGCCAAACUCUCAACACCACCAAUCCGGGGCCCGUUCAGUGGGCGGCUGCGCAGCAAGGAAGACCAACACUUACAGGUGGAAUGACUAGUGGCAGAGUGUCUGGUACCCCUGCUCAGGUCGCACGAUCCACGGACGACGCUGGUAUGCUCAGCUUAGAGGAUAGUAAUCAACCACGGAGAAAGAAUACCCCAGGAGAUCAGAGCAUGAGACGGACGAUACAAGACCUCGUCUCAAGUGUUGAUCCCAACGUUCGAAUCGAACCUGAGGUGGAGGAUCUACUUCUCCAAAUCGCCGACGAGUUCAUCGACUCUGUCACGAACUUUGGUUGUCGACUAGCAAAGCAUCGCGGCAACGACACGCUUGAAGUCAAAGACCUCCAGCUUCACCUUGAACGCAACCACAAUAUUCGUAUUCCUGGAUUUGCAUCGGACGACACGCGAAUAGCCUUAUCCCAGGCUGCUGUAGCACCUUCUGGGGCUACGGCGGCAGGAAAGAAAACGACCCAGGGUACAUCCAUGACUUUACGCAGUCACCGCUUGGCACAGGUGCAACAAGCGAAGAGGGAGAGCAAACUCGCAUAGUGGAUCGCGCUGGACAUUCUCGUUGUCUUUGCUUAUACCCUUUUCUUUGCUCGUUCGCACACUUGUAACUCAUAAGUACUACUGUAUAGAGACUCAUGUCAUACUAUCUCACAGGAUCUCACAUCUACAAGGUGCUAGUGGUAUACUAAAGUCCGGAG